CCACGCCUGCCUGUCGCCUCCAGGACAAACUCGUCUGCUAUCUGUGUGGACACGUUUUCAAAGAUGUACCAGCAGUUACCAACCAUCUGAGAGAGUGGCACUUCUUCCCGCCCCUAGAAGACUAGGGGGUCAUGGAAUUGCCUGUCGAGGCGCGAAUCCGCAGUGCCGUAUUUCUUAUCCUUUUCAGAUUCGAACAUGGUCUACGCGCUUGCAGGUUAUUCCUUGAUCCUUUUUUCUUCAAGCCUGACGCCUUUUGUGCUGGGCCCGAUUCUAGAUGUCCAAAGUUUUUAAAUAGAUAUCCUUUUUGCUGUACUCACAACACAAGGGAUUCGCCAUGUGUGCAGGUUUACGAUUGUUUUUUUGGGCUGGCCAAAGGAGGUGCGGAUUCCGCAGAAAUGUAGAGAGGAAAAGCGGCUCAAUCCUCUGAACUUCCCCGCGUAUUUCUACGUGUUGUGCUUGGCGUGUUUAUCUAAGAAAGCAGGGACUACCUAUCGAUACCUCGCCUCCUUGCACAG